UUUUUUUUUUCCUCCUUUCAGCUUAUCAAGCAGCACAAUCAAACCAUGCCAAAGGUCGUAUCUAAAAAAUUUAAUCAGAGGACUGAGAAGAAGAAGGAGGAGAAGACAGCCAAUUCAGCAUCAGCCUCUUCAGCAGCCAGUCGUGCUUUUGGUCCUCUUUUCAAUAAAGAUCUUGGUCAACAUAUUCUCAAGAACCCUCUUGUUGCCCAGGGCAUUGUAGACAAGGCUUACCUCAAACCAACAGAUACAGUUCUUGAAAUUGGUCCCGGUACAGGAAACUUGACAGUCAAGAUCUUGGAGAAAUGCAAGAAGGUUGUUGCUGUCGAGAUGGAUCCUCGACUUGCAGCAGAAUUGACUAAACGUGUUCAUGGAACUCCUGAUCAAAGGAGAUUGGAGAUCAUGAUUGGAGAUUUCAUGAAGACUACGCUGCCUUACUUUGACGUCUGCAUCAGUAACACUCCAUAUCAGAUUUCUUCAGUACUUGUGUUCAAACUUUUGGAGCACCGGCCCAUUUUUAGAACUUCAGUCCUCAUGUUUCAGCGUGAAUUUGCUCUUCGUCUCGUCGCCAAACCUGGUGAUAGUCUCUACUGCCGUUUGAGUGUCAAUGUUCAACUCUAUGCUAAAGUUGAGCAUAUCAUGAAAGUUGGCAAGAAUAACUUCCGUCCUCCACCUCAAGUUGAAUCUAGUGUAGUACGGUUAGAACCGAAGAACCCUCCUCCUCCUGUCGAUUUCAAGGAAUGGGAUGGAUUGAUGCGUAUCUUGUUUGUUCGCAAGAACAAGACCCUCUCUGCCAGCUUUAAGACUGAUACUGUGAUGGAGAUGUUGGAGACGAACUACAAGACCUUUUGUGCAACACAUGAUCGGAUGAUCGAGGAUCCCUUGGAUAUGAAGGCCAAGGUCCAAGGGGUGUUGACCAACGCUGGAUUAGCAGAGGAACGUGCAGCAAAGAUGGAUCAGGAUGACUUUCUCAAAUUGCUGACGGCAUUCAAUGAAGAAGGCAUCCAUUUCUGCUAAGCUGAUAUAUAUAAAGUACAAUCCCCCUCCUCUUUCUUCUUUCUUUCUACCUGUUCAUUUGUAAAAAUCUCCAUAUCACAUCAUAAUAGCUUUCAUAUACC